UGUUAGCUCAGUCUGUAAGCUCAUGUUAGCUCAUGUUAGCUCAGUUUGUUAAACUGUCUGGUGUACCAUCAACUUCCUGUGUGCUCGAGGUCGGACCCGCCCGGCUGAACUGAACAUGACUCAGCCAACAAACACCCCCACCCAUCCUGCUGAACAAUAAUUUGACCCCACUACAGUACAAAGUACAGAGAGGGUGGAGAAAACAAACACGCCUCAGAGGGGAUUUCUGCUGGUUUAAAGGAACACUCCACCCAAAAUCAGCACAAGGCCAACUUCAGCCUACACACUGAAGUAAUCACCACGUGUGGACUGAAGUAUGUUCAGAACAAAGACACUGACCUCAGGUCAGAACGGGUCUGAUCAGGAAGGAAAACGUAAACAUGAAGGUGUUUAUAUAAAGAUAAACAUUUUUUCGUUGUGACGGUUGAUUGUUUGUUGUGACGGUCAAUCGUUCGUUGUGACGGUUGAUUGUUUGUUGUGACAGUCGAUCGUUCGUUGUGACGGUUGAUUGUUUGUUGUGACGGUUGAUCGUUUGUUGUAACGGUUGAUCGUUCGUUGUAACGGUUGAUCGCUCGUUGUGACGGUCGAUCGUUUGAUCGCUUGUUGUGACGGUUGAUUGUUUGUUGUGAAGGCCGAUCGUUGGUUGUGACGGUUGAUCGCUCGUUGUGACGGUCAAUCGUUUGAUCGCUCGUUGUCACGGUUGAUCGUUUGUUGUGACGGUCGAUCGUUCGUUGUGACGGUUGAUUGUUUGUUGUGACGGUUGAUCGUUCGUUGUAACGGUUGAUCGCUCGUUGUGACGGUCGAUCGUUUGAUCGCUCGUUGUGACGGUCGAUCGUUUGUUGUGAUGGUCGAUCGUUUGAUCGCUCGUUGUGACGGUUGAUUGUUUGUUGUGACGGUUGAUCGUUCGUUGUGACAGUUGAUUGCUCGUUGUGACGGCCGAUCGUUUGAUCGCUCGUUGUGACGGUUGAUUGUUGGUUGUGACGGUUGAUUGUUGGUUGUGACGGUUGAUUGCUCGUUGUGACGGUUGAUUGCUCGUUGUGACGGUCGAUCGUUUGAUCGCUCGUUGUGACGGUCGAUCGUUCGUUGUGACGGUUGAUCGCUCGUUGUGACGGUUGAUUGUUUGUUGUGAAGGUUGAUCGCUCGUUGUGACGGUUGAUCGUUUGUUGUGACGGUCGAUUGUACUCCAACGCCAUCCGGAGCAAAUUUUCAGAACUGCUAAAUGCUAAACGCUGACGUAUGAUGCUAAUGAUGCUCGUCCUUAACGAGGUUGUCUUCGUGAAAGCUCUCUGACAGUUUUUAUCUUCUCAAGAGUUUUUACUUUCAAACUUUGAAGCAGACGUUGGACAGGAAACAGUUUUACCUCGACUUCCUGCAGAGCUGAGAGGAGAAAGCGAGCAGGCGUCAGACAGGAAGUGUCUCCUCUUUAAAGAGCGGAUCCAUUAACGGGCAGGAAAUCACUCUGAUUGGACAACGGAUGCCCUUAGCCCCUCCCGUUUCCUAAAGUAGAAGAAAGGAGGAAGUGACACGGACAAAAUAAAAAUGGAGGAAACGGAGCGGCGAGCUGUGGACUGUGACAUCAUUUCCUGAUCCAGAAUAAAUGUCCAGAACUCAGAGAAGGGCGGACCACUGAACACACGACUGUAUCAUUUAUUCAGUGUCAGAUGACAUCAGUCAGGACGGUCACCCCGACACGAUGGAGUGUGGACUCGAGGUGGCCGGGACCGUCUUCCUGUUGGACCUGGAGAAGAACCACGACCUGCUACCCAAACCACCAAACGUCUUCUACUACCUGUCCAAUGGCACCAGAGUGUCUGUGAGCUCCGACCCUGUGACUCACUGUUAUUACCACGGCAGCGUCCGAGGAUUCCCCCAAUCCAGAGCGGCUCUGAGCACCUGCUCCGGACUCCGCGGCAUCAUCGUCAUCAACUCCACCCUGAGCUUUGAGCUGCAGCCUCAGGAGGACCACCACCAGGGGGAGGAGGAGGUGGGAGGAGGGGGGAGCAGAGGAGAAGGAAGUGGAGGGAGUGGAGGAGGAGGUGAAGCAGAGGGAGGAGUUCACCUGCUGUUCUCCACCAGCCCUCUGGAGGGCGGCGGUGCUGGAGGCUGUGGGGUUUCCCACACCGCCGUGCCGCCCAUCCACAGCGCCACACACACACACAGGAGGAGGCGGGACAUCCUGUCUGAGACCAAAUACAUCGAGCUGGUGCUGGUGGCCGAUCAUCAGGAGUUUCUGAACUAUCAGAAGAGCAACAAGACCAUCGUGUACCGCAUGAUGGACGUGGCCAACCAGGUGGACUGGUUCUACCGUCCUCUGAACGUCCGGGUCGCGCUGACCGGUCUGGAGAUCUGGAGCGACCGAGAUAAGAUCCUGGUGGAGAAGAAUCCCACCGACACCCUCAACAACUUCCUGGAGUGGAGGACCAGAGAGCUGCUGCCACGCCUUCGCCAUGACAACGCCCAGCUCGUCAUGGGGGGCUCGUUUGACGGCACCACGGUGGGGAUGGCGUCUCAGUCGUCCAUGUGCUCCAGAGACCGGUCAGGAGGCGUCAACGUGGAUCACCUGGUCAGCGUGCUGGGCGUGGCCUCCACAGUUGCUCAUGAGCUCGGUCAUAACCUCGGGAUGAGUCAUGACACUGCGGAACGUCACUGCUCCUGUCAGAACGAACCUCGGCUCGGUGGAUGCAUCAUGGAGCCGUCGACCGGCUUCAUGCCUGGUCAGCAGUUCAGCAGCUGCAGCGCUGCAGAUCUGUCGGUCAGCCUGCUGCACGGUGGAGGGAUGUGUCUGUUUAACGUGCCGCAGCCGGACCGCCUGCUGGGAGGACCGCGCUGUGGAAACCUGUACGUGGAGAAGGGGGAGCAGUGUGACUGCGGCCUGCUGGAGGAGUGUGAGGACCCGUGCUGUAACGCCUCCACCUGUCAGCUGGUUCCUGGAGCUCAGUGCUCGUCUGACGGCAUCUGCUGCCACGACUGCAAGUUUCGGGUGGCGGGGUCAGCGUGUCGCGAGCCGCUUGGUGAGUGUGACCUCCCCGAGUUCUGCACAGGCUCCUCCCCUUACUGCCCGCCCAACGUCUUCCUGCAGAACGGAGAACCCUGCGAGGACGAUGCCUCCUUCUGCUACGGAGGAGUCUGUGCCAGCAUGCACACCCAGUGCCAGACACUGUGGGGACCCAAUUCCACCAGCGGUCCAGCCGUCUGUUUCUCUUCCGUCAACAAACAAGGAAACAAGUUUGGAAACUGUGGUCAGCUGACCAAUGGAUCCUACAUCCCCUGUGGAAACUCUGACGUUCACUGUGGGAGGAUCCAGUGUCAGGGGGGGAGGGAGCGCCCCCUGCUGGGCACCAAUGCAGAGAUCCUGACCACCAAGGUCCACUUCAACCACAGCGACCUGGUCUGCAGAGGAACCUUCUUCCACCUGGGAGAUGACGUGUCCGACCCCGCCACUGUGGCCCAGGGCACCGCCUGCGGCCCCGGGAAGGCCUGUUUGAACCAGAAGUGUCAGGACGUGUCCGUGUUCGGGGUGGACGAAUGCCGCAGGAAGUGUAACGGCCACGGGGUGUGUAACAGUAACAAGAACUGUCACUGUGAGGUGGGCUGGGCUCCUCCUGACUGCAGGUACUCGGGUCACGGAGGCAGCGUGGACAGCGGACCGGCCCGAGCUGCUCGAGAGUCCGACCCGGUCCGAGUGGCUCUGCUCGUCACCUUCCUCUUCAUCCUGCCCCUCGUCCUCCUCUUCCUCGCUCUGCGCUUUCCUCGUUUCCGUCAGACGCUCUUCUGUCUGGGACCAAACAGCCCGUUUCACAAAGCCCGGCAACACAACCGCACGCCGGUGAUGGAGCGAGUCGACGGCAGGAACGGAGAGCAGGUCCGACCUCUGAGAUACCACCUGAACCCACCCACCGACAUCCCACUGACCCCGCCCCACAAAGAGGUUCAUGACAGACCUGCUCCUCCCACUAAGCCACUCCCCCCUGACCCCACCCUAAACCCCCCGCCGCAGCUGCUGGUGAGUCGACCAGCUCCGCCCACCAAGCCACUCCCCCCUGACCCCGUCUCACCUGGACAGGUCCCGGCUCCAUCCAGGCCCGUCGUUCCCAUCAAGCCCCGGGUCCUGGCCCCGCCGGCCCCCCCUCCCUUCCCCCCUCACCACGCCUACGCCGCCAACAGCAAACCGCCACAGCACGGCGCCGUCACACCUGCAGGCGGACCGCACAGGCGACCUCCGGCUCCGCCCAGCCGACCCACAAUCCCUCAGAAAGUCGCCUCGUCGCCGCUGUGACCUCACUGUGGACGAUGAUGCGUU